CAGUGAGAGGGGGCAUUACAGGGGAGCUAAAGAGAGAGAGGGGGACACGUGUGUGUGUGUGUGUGUGUGUGUGUGUGUGUGUGUGUGCGUGUGCGCGCGUGCGUGAAGAGAGAGAGGGAGAGAGGAAAACUGCAAAAUCUGUCAAGGUUUCCAGUUUGGUUAUUCCUCUCGACGCCUGUGCACCGCUGAAUCUGGUCGCGUGGUAGAGGAUGAGUUCCUUCAGCACCAGGGCACUAACGCUCCUGUCGUCUGUGUUUGGGGCAUGCGGGCUGCUACUGGUGGGUGUAGCUGUGUCUACAGACUACUGGCUGUUGAUGGAGGAGGGCAUCGUUCUGCAGCAGAACCAGACCACAGAAGUAAAGAUGGCUCUGCAUUGUGGACUCUGGAGGGUCUGUUUUGUGGCUGGGCCAGAGAAGGGGAGAUGUGUGGCAUCUGAAUACUUCACUGAGCCAGAGAUAGAGAUCACUACGGAGAACACAGCAAAUAUACUGAAAAUGGUCAGGACGGCCACCCCCUUUCCCAUGGUCUCGCUUAUCUUUGUCUUCACGGCCUUCGUCAUUAGUAACAUCGGUCAUAUCCGUCCCCAGCGCACCAUUCUGGCCUUUGUCUCUGGAAUAUUCUUCAUCUUAUCAGGUUUGAGUUUAGUAGUUGGUCUGGUGUUGUAUAUCUCCAGUAUAAACGAUGAGGUGAUGAACAGACCACGGGAAGCAGAGCAGUUUUUUCACUAUCACUACGGCUGGUCGUUCGCCUUCGCGGCCAGCUCCUUCCUGCUCAAAGAGGGUGCUGGGGUCAUGUCUGUCUAUCUCUUCAUGAAACGCUAUGCAGAGGAGGAAACGUACCGGCCACAUCCUGCACUCUAUCGCCCACGUCUGUCUGAAUGCAGCGACUACAGCGGCCAGUACCUUCACCCUGAGUCAUGGCCGCCUCCUCAGCGUGGACGCAGUGCUUCUGAGGUGUCCAGCGACAUCUCCAUUCAACUCAACCAGACCCCUCUGCCUCCCCCGCCAAAGAGUGGCGGUCCCUCCAAUCCAGUCUCUUCAUCAGGGCCCUCCUCCGCGGCCAGCUAUCACCUCCCACCUGCUUCCUCUUCCUCCUCUUCUUCCUAUCCUCACACCCUCCACUCCUCCCAUUCUGGUGGCCCCACCCCUCAUUCUCUCCCAAUGGCCACGCCCCCAGCGGCGGUGCUGCCACCUCGCUACCACGCCCACAUGCGUAUGAGUGCCUCCCCGUGUUAGAGGAAAGUGUAACUUUUAACAUUAUGUAGGAGGGUGGCUAGAGAAAGGGGCAAGUGGGGCUUUAAUACAGAGACAAAAGGAGCAAAAUUAAGUUAAAGGGUGCUUAAAAGAUGUAAAGGAAGCCCUUCACUUACAGUUCUGUGCCUGAAUCUGAUGUUUUAACAGAUUCUCAGAGUGAGAUUAAAAAGUGAGGGAAUAGAGGUAGGCUAUUAGUAUUUAUACACAGAAUGUACAGCAUGGAGAAGAAAGAUAAGUUAGAGUGAAAGAGAAAAAAAUACUUGCUGAUUUGCCGAACAUAGUUGAGAACAGAUGUAUAUAUUAUAAAUAUAUACAUUUAUAUUAAAAAUGUAUCAAUCUUAACUGCAAUCUUAUUGCACACCGUAACUUCUUUUCCCUCUCGUAUCUGAUAUAUCAUAAAGACAUUUUACACCUUUAUCAAACUUCAUGAAAGAAAGACUAUUUAUAGUCUUGUUUGUACUGAAAUGCAAAAAGACACAAAUCUGGAUUUCUUUAAAUAGUCUGGAAGAAUUCUUUAAAUGGUACAUAAAUAGCAGACCCAUUACCAAGGGUUGUAGUUAUGUAGUGUAGUCAAGCCUAUUUAUCUACAUUUUGUCGCAUUGGAAACUUAAGGUGCGAGGGGAUCUGUGACUGUUUUGUCUUUUCCUAUCAAUUUGUAAUGUUUUUAGAUUUGUACAUGAGGGUAGAUGUUCUGAAACACUGGCUGAUCUUUACCAUCUCAAUGUUGUACGCUUGGCCCCAUGGCCCUCAAUAUGCCUUGUGUUUUCGUGUUCUCUCUCAUAUUCAACAAAUCUUUUGUCAGCAACAAAAAAGAAGUGUAGCACGACAUGACGAUAAAACAUACUAAAGAUUUUUAGCUUUUAUAACGGAGGCUGUAUCUUCAGCUCUUCGGCUCCUAUAUGAACGCAGGAGAUGAAGGAUAUUCUUUGUUAGGAUACGGAACUGUGCAAUCAUCAUCUUAAAAAUGCAGCUAUUAUUUAUCUUUCUUUAAUGCUAUUAGAAAUCUAACUAUUAACUGCACUGUUUAUAUAUAAAAAUGACUUGUAAGCCUACUAAUAUACUGAAACUAUUUUACAUGUAUAACAUACAGCAAAUUCAUAUAUGUAAUAAAUUCAUAUGACAAGAACAGACUGUAUAAACAGAACUAUAAAUCAGGCAGAAUAUGUUUAGAAAAACGACCCAUAUGGCUUAGAUGUCCUCAUACGGCCCCUUGCAACAUAAUGCUUUAGAGAAAUAAGUAUAUGAGAAACAUAAUUUACAGAACCAAACAUAUAGCACAAUGCAAUAUGCAAUGCAAUGUUCUUGUCUGCUGAUAUCAUUCUCUUGUUCACAGCAAGUAAAUGAGAUUUGAAAAUGAGUUUAACACGUUAUUAUGCCCUUGGUGUCUAGCGCCAUCUAGCGGUACAUCAUAAAUACUACAUCAAAUAAUCUAAACGUCUGCCUGAAGUACCUGGUGUGAAUCUGCAACACGGGCUACAUGACAUCUGUAUUCAAUUCAUUGACUAAAAUGAGGCAGAUGACUAAAUCCUGAGUCAGCACUUCCAUACCAAGUGCCUGCGGAUGCUGCAUUAAAUGAGCAUUGCAGCAAAUCCAACCUCAAUACGUUUGUCACACCAAUAAAUCUUCCCGUCAUUCUAAAGUAUACCAAAUUGAAUAUUGAAGAAAUAUUUAAAUUCAUAUUUAAUAAUUGUGAAUGUAAGUAUUCAUCAGUUACUUUCUAUAAGUCCUAUUUUAAAUGCUAAUUUAAAAAUGUCUAUUCGUGCAUAAAGCAUGAAACAUUCCCAGACUUCUGUAACUGAUUGCAUUCUUGUGUGUAAAUAUUCAAAACAAAUGGUUAUGAUAGAUAGAUAAAUAGUAAUGAAAACCAGGACUGGCUCCUGCUGGAUUGUAAAGAAAUGCAUAUAACAAUAUAGCCUAUUAUAGCCAUAUUCCAGGUGGGAAAUGCAGAAAUAGUUAUUAUAUGAUAGAGUAUAUGAAAAGCGAGAAGCGAAAAGGAAAUAUUUAUUCAUUUAGGUAUAGCUGAAGAUGGUAUAGUCUGCUUUUAAGUUAAAACUGUGAAUAUCUGUUUUGUUUCUUAUCUUUUAUUAAUAAUGGCUUUAGAAAAGGCUUUCUGCUCUCAUGGUUCCGGCUGACAUUUGUUAUACUGCAUUCUGUACUGAGAGGUUUGGCUUAUAAAUAUGUAUGUACCAUUUUGCAUGGCAUUUUUCUUCUUCAUACCUUUUUUCAUUUUUGUGCUUUAUCCCUGUGGGCUGUUCUGUCUUGAUUUGACUCUCUCAGAGUUCCAUUAGGCUAAAGCUGCCUCCCUCAUUUGCCUUGUCUUUUCCUCUUUUACACCUCAUCUCUCUCUCUCUCUCUCUCUCUCUCUCUCCCUCCCUCUCUCUUUCUUUCUAUUUUGUUCUUUUUAAAAGUUCAUUCCAUAAUGCCAAAGCAAGUGUGCCUGAUACUUAAGAUGAUGAUGACAGUUUGCUAUUAUUAUUAUUUAUCCAAUGGGUGGCAUUUAUUUGUAAUCUGGUAUUUGCUUAAUAAAAUAAAAAAUUGAAAACAAAAUUCCAGCAUAAAUAUGUUUAAUACACUGCACGGUACGCAAGCCAUGCUAGUUCUUGUGGAUUUAUUUGUUUGAUAUACAUUUGAUGGUUAUUCUGGAGUUUUUAUAUUUAUAUAUCAGUAGAUUUCAAUAAUAUAUAUGGUCUUUUGAAAAUCAUUGUAAUAUUACUACAGUAUAUAUUUGGUGUAGGAUGGAGAGAUAGUCCGCAAUGUGUUGUGGCACAAUGAUUUACAAUCAAAAGCGAGGAGAGCCGAAAUAUUACCAAACCCCUGGGGGCAGGAAUUGUGGGGUGAGUGAGUGAGAGAGAGUUGUGAAGGGCUGACUAAAAGACGGAGGAGUGUGAGAAUGAAUGGGUCAGUGUGUUAGUAAUGAGGACUUCUGAGAACUUGCUUAUGUCUGGGCCUUGUUUGUCAGAGCAUUGACUUGUCUCGUAAUUUGAAAGACCUUGAACAAUGCUCUUUUGGAGUAAUUUAAAUAAUGCACCAUUCCUUGUUAGGAGAUGUUUCCUGUAUCUUAGUGAUGCAGGUGCUUUGCGAUAAACACCCACACGAACAAGGAGCCACAGUAUUUAAUAUACAUCGCUCAAUGUGUGUUAAGGGCAGCAUUGUGGAUGUUUUAAGCGCACUAGAGCUGAGUGGUGAUAAUCAGUGGUUCUUCUCUACCUGAAGAUGUGUGGGCGAACAGCGGACGAUUUGUCUCUCACUCUCUGGCUCUUCCUUAUCUCUCCCUCAGAGGAUAAAACACAGGAACGUGUGAGUCAACGAACACAUGAAAUUGAAUAUCUUAGAAUUAGUCAAGGCAAGUAGAUCACAGCAUUAAAAAAGGUCAUAUGAUAUGGACACACUAUUUUUGUGCCUUAAUUUUGUGCCCCAACCAUGGCAACACCCUGACAGGCUAUAUUUCCCCAAUUUUGUGUUUUCAGUGUAUUUGAAUAAAUGUUGCGAGUCACUUGCCUGUUGAAGUGAAUGAUACAAAUAAUCGUUUAGUUCAGUUAAUGACUAGACUUUGAUAUUUCACAAAGUAUUUUGGUAUUCCCUUACUUAUUUUUCCUUUCUGUAAUAAAUAUCUAUAACUAACUGUCAGCAUA